AUGAUGAAAAUAUCAUGUAGAAGUCUAUUCCUUGGCUCAGUCGAGAUCGAGUCGCUUACUGGGGAAGUUGGUUUAGCGCGCGCCGUAGACGCCAUCAUUCCACAGACCUCAUUGUCAGCUCAGGCCUGCGAUCAGGGCGUCUCACGAGUGCGUUACGCCGAAACGUUGGUCCGUUUGGUGCCUGGAGAAGGCGUCACUCUGACCGACGUCCACAGACGCCUCUUUUUCCGGCGUCAGUUUGCUGAACCAACCAUCGUUUAUGCCGGAAUCGAGCCACGAAAAAAAGAGUACGUCUAUUGGUGCACAAUUCCGGUCUCAUGUCUAUUCAUGUUGAGACUUGGUAUCAGAGGAGUUAGAACUUUCGGUUUCCAUACCAAUCGUAGAGUUCACAAAACUACAAAGAGAUAA